AUGAGAUCCAACAACUUCGCCUUUGACUUGGCUUUUCAGCGCGACAGCCGUCCAACAGAGGUGGCAGACAGAGGUGGUCAACGAUUGUGCCUGACCUUCGAGGAUGGUGAUUUCGAGUUGGAGUCCAAGGGCAUCCCUGGGCGGAGGUUGCGGCACCUGGCCGAGGAUUGCGGCCUGGAGAUCGAAGGCCUUGAGGAGGCAUCGUUGCUGCUGUUGCGCUUUGAAUGUGCCAUUCGUUCCUUGCCCUUUGCCGUUUUGCUGGAUCGGCAAGAACUCUCCACCUGUUUGUUGGCGGUGGCGCUUUGGGAUGUGUUGCCUCAUUCGGAGUUACGACGAGAACUGCGCCACUGGGGGCUUGCCAACGGAGGGACCCAGAAGACAGGUCAGACGACCCAACUGGUGGAUGCCUUAUGGACCUCGCUGGCCGAGGCACGGCGUGUUCCAGUUCGGCGCUUUGCACCACACGUGGGUUUGGCUUUGGUUGGAAAGGCCGUACGUUUGGAGGCGUCUUGCAGCCAACUGGUUGAGGGCGAAUAUCGCAGAACCAUGAGGCGCCUGGGCUUACCGGCAGAUGCACCGCCGCAGUCUCACAUCCAGUGCAUCAUGCUGGCGCUGGUUCUGGAGGAAGCCAGCAUGAUGCAGCUCAAGGAAGAAUGUCGCUUUCUGAAGCUGGAGGCUGCCCCGGAGCAACAGGCCGGCACUUCAACAACACCUCUUCGUGGAAACCCUUUGCCGGCAACGUUGGGAGGACGAAGGGCUUUCGGUCAGUCGCCUGGGCUAUGA